AUGUCUCAUAAUUCUUAUAAUCAAAAUCAAAAAGACAAUUAUUUCAACAAUGACAAUUCUACUCCAUUAGAAGACACUAGGGAUGAAUAUUAUUCAAAUGAUGUUCAAAGUAAAACACCUUCAAAAAGAUUUUCUAAUACACCAAUACAAGAAUUAAAUGAAGCACACAGAGGAAAUAAUGGUCGAAACUCCGUAACGCAAGCGGUUACUUUAAAAAGAGGUUCAGCUGUUAUAACCUCUACUUCAGUAACACAACCUUUAAUUAAUCAACAUCAACGAGAAAAAUCUGUAGAAAUGAGUGAACAAAAUGAUUAUGGCGAUUUCAACCAAGUUUCGGGUCAAUAUGAUCCCUACAGCGACUUCAAUAAUAUUCGGCGUUAUGAUGAUCCAUAUUAUGAUGAAGAAGCUACACGUAAUAAUAAUAUAUAUUCCCCUAAUGGUGUUUUAUUAGAUCCAAACUCUUAUCCACUGGAUAAUUUCGGUGCAGAUUAUACAGAUCGCGAUUUUCCAGGAGGAGGCAAAGGUGCAAGACAAUCAAUAAAUGGCGAGAACCUUGUGUUACCUCCGAAACGUAAAUCUCGCUGUUGCUGCUGUUCAAGAAAAUCUUGUGUUAUCAUUACCUUUAUCACUUGCGCUAUUCUCGCGGUUAUUUUAUUCUUUGUUUGGCCACGUAUUCCAAUAGUCACUAUUGAUGGUGACAAAACAGAAGUUGCAAAAGACAGAUCACCAGUUUUUAUUUAUGACCCACCUUCAAUAAAUAUGUCGAUCAACGUUCCAAUUAAAGUUGAUAAUAGAGAAAAUUGGGUUCCAUACAAGUUUAAAUUAAUUGACGUUUACGAUGCUGCUUCCUUAGAAUUCUAUAAUCGACCUGUUGGCAAUGGUAACAUAACCAAUUAUUCCCUUCAACCACGCGCUCUCUCAACAGUCACGAUGAAGAUAUAUUUUGAUUACGCAACUGAUCAAUCUAAUGACGCAGUUUUUCAAGAUUUCAUUACUGCGUGCACUACAAAUUCCACCAAUUCAAAUGGAAAAACAUUAUUGAAUCUUCGUUUUGACGUUAAAUUAUUUAUAUCAGGUAUAGAUUGGAUAUACAAACCAGCCAUAUCGAUUCCCAUUUCUGAUCUCAAAUGUCCAUAUCCAUCAAAUUCAUAA